AUGGCUGCAAUUGGGUCUCUUGUUUUCUGCACUGACUGUGGAAACCUCUUACCGGCUUCCAAGGGCAGCUCAAAGAACAUUCUUCAGUGUGAAUGUUGUGGCGCUGAAAACCGAGAUGCUGCUUCAAACACCAUUGUGACAAAGUCUAAGCCUGCUGAUUUUCCUUCAUACCUGCGCCAGAAACUGUCUACCACCCAGACAAUCAAGCGCCAUGAGGUGAAUACGGAGGCAACAACAACUCAGACCUGUCCCAAGUGUGCAAGGACCGAGGUCAGGUUCUCAGCAGUUCAGCUUCGAAGUGCGGACGAAGGGUCAACUAUUUUCUACACAUGCGACUGUGGAUUUAAAUGGAGCGAGAACAACUGA